UGAGUAGUAGAGGACUAGAAGAGGGCCAAGGAUUUGAAUUUCGCAAUUUAAAACCGCUAACUCCAAGUGGUUCUUGAUCUCUUUCUUAACAGAUGGCCUCAGCGUUUGUUGUCAAGGUUACAUAGUCGUCUGCGGAUUGAUAUAUAUCGAGUCAGUAAAGAAGAAGGUGCAACAGAAGCUUCCACGAUGUCGGGACAUACACUUCCAUGUUGUAAAAUUGGCCCUUCUAUUCUCUGUGCUGAUCUGUCCUGCCUAGCCGACGAGUGUCGCAAGAUGAUACACAGUGGAGCUGAUUAUCUUCAUUUGGACGUCAUGGAUGGUCAUUUUGUUCCAAACCUCACGUUUGGACAUCCCGUCGUCAAAUGUCUGAGACCAAAAAUGCCAGAUAUUUACUUUGACAUGCACAUGAUGGUGCAAAAUCCAGAGAAAUGGGUUGAGAGCAUGGCUGACGCUGGGGCUAAUCAGUACACAUUCCACGUUGAAGCCUGUGAAGACAUUCCAGCAUUAUGCCGAAAAAUACAAGAAUCUGGAAUGAGAGUGGGUGUAGGCUUAAAGCCUGGAACACCUGUUGAAACCAUUUUACCCUACUCGGAUCUUUUUGACGUGGUUUUGAUAAUGACAGUCGAACCAGGAUUUGGAGGUCAAUCUUUCAUGGAAGACAUGAUGAGUAAGGUCCAAUAUCUGAGGACAAAUUUUCCAUAUCUAGACAUUGAAGUUGAUGGUGGAGUUGGACCCAACAACAUUGAUGUUGUGGCUGAAGCAGGUGCAAACAUGAUUGUUUCAGGAACAGCAAUCACCGGUGCAUCAGACCCAUCACAAGUGAUUGCUCUACUAAGAAAUUCAGUGGAGAAUGCAAUUCAAAAAUCUCAGCUUGAACGCUGAAUUUCUAUUGAUUAUGUCAAUGUAGGUGAAUGGAUCUUACAAUAUUACAACUUCUUUGUCAUUUGGCUGUAAGUUAUAUUUGCACAUCAAAUACAUUGUGUAAAAUGUU